CCCGCGCGGCGCGGGCCGCGACAGUGGCGCAGCGCUGGGUGCCCGCUCCGGCCUCGGCAUGGGCAACAGCGCGGGACGCAGCGACUUCGAGUGGGUCUACACCGACCAGCCGCACACGCAGCGGCGCAAAGAGAUGCUCGCCAAGUACCCGGCCAUCAAGGCCCUGAUGCGGCCGGACCCGCACCUCAAGUGGACGGUGCUGGGGCUGGUGCUGGCGCAGCUGCUGGCCUGCUGGCUGGUGCGGGGGCUGGCCUGGCGCUGGCUGCUCUUCUGGGCCUACGUCUUCGGCGGCUGCGUGAACCACUCCCUGACGCUGGCCAUCCACGACAUCUCGCACAACGCUGCCUUCGGCACAGGCUGCGCCGCCCACAACCGCUGGUUUGCCAUCUUUGCCAACCUGCCCAUGGGCGUGCCCUACGCCGCCUCCUUCAAGAAGUACCACGUGGACCACCACCGCUACCUAGGUGGCGACGGGCUGGACGUGGACGUGCCCACGCGCCUCGAGGGCUGGCUCUUCUGCACGCCGGCACGCAAGCUGCUCUGGCUGGCGCUUCAGCCCUUCUUCUACUCGCUGCGACCGCUCUGCGUGAACCCCAAGGCUGUGACCCGCAUGGAGGUGCUCAACACCCUGGUGCAGCUGGCAGCUGAUGCCACCAUCUUUGCCCUGUGGGGGCUCAAACCCAUGGCCUACCUGCUGGCCAGCUCUUUCCUGGGCCUGGGCCUGCACCCCAUCUCGGGCCACUUUGUGGCUGAGCACUACAUGUUCCUCAAGGGCCACGAGACCUACUCCUACUACGGGCCCCUCAACUGGAUCACCUUCAACGUGGGCUACCACGUGGAGCACCACGACUUCCCCAGCAUCCCGGGCUGCAACCUGCCCCUGGUGCGGAAGAUCGCGCCCGAGUACUACGACCACCUGCCGCAGCACCACUCGUGGGUGAAGGUGCUCUGGGACUUUGUGUUUGAGGACUCCCUGGGGCCCUACGCCAGGGUGAAGCGGGUGUGCAAGCUGGCAGAGGACCGUCUGUGAGCCCGGCCGGACCCCCGUCCUGGGGUGGGAGCUGCAGGUUGCUCCUGCCGGUUGCCACGGCCUAGCGCCCGCGGGCUGGCUGGGCCACGUUUGACUCCUGCGUGGGGCUGCUGCUCUCGUCCCCCAGCAGGCCCUGGAAUUGCCAUCGGCAGCCAGCCCUGGUGACAGUGGCAGGGUCUACACGUGGAUUCGCUGUGGGCCUUGGGACAGGCCCCCCCCUCUGGCCCUGCCCCGCCCACUGUGACCUAGGUGCUCUGUGCCCACGGUUGCCACAGAGCGGUCUCUGGUGUUCCUGUGCCCUAAAUUAAAUCCAGUGUGUGUUGUCAUA